AUGGAUGUCGAGAGAGUCUUCCACAUGAAGGCAGGCAAUGGGGAGGCUAGCUAUGCUCAAAACUCUUCACUACAGAAGAAGAGUAUGGAGUCACUGAAGCACAUACUCAUAAAAUCAGCCAUAGAUUUCUACACCUCAGAAGCGCCACAGACACUCACCAUAGCUGAUCUGGGAUGCUCUUGCGGCCCCAACACAUUUGCCAUGGUAAAAAGAAUCAUAGAGGGCAUAUGCAAGAGUUGCUGCGAAAUGUCAUCGACACUGCCAGAUUUCAUGGUGUUCCUCAAUGAUCUUCCGACCAACGACUUUAACUCGGUUUUUGUUGGCGUGCCGGAGUUUGUGGAGGAGAUGAAGGAUUGCAGCGGGGCAUCGGUGUUUCUGGCAGGAGUGCCAGGGAGUUUUUAUGGGAGAUUGUUUCCGAGCUGUAGCUUGCAUUUUGUGUGCUCGUUGCAUAGUGUGCACUGGCUCUCUCAGGUUCCUCCAGGACUUUUGGACCAACAAGGCAAAUCAAUCAACAAAGAAACCAUGUAUAUAACACACAGAAGCCCGACAGCAGUAGUAGAAUCAUACUUUAAUCAAUUUCAGAGAGAUUUCAGCUUAUUUCUCAAAUCAAGGUCAGAGGAGCUUAUCAAUGGAGGAAGAAUGGCUCUAGCUAUGUCAAGCAGGAAGAGUAUUGAUUGUUUUGAUAAAAACACAACUCUUUUAUGGGAUUUGUUGGCCCAGUCAUUUGCUCUCUUGGUGUCUCAGGAUUUAGUUGAACAAGAGAAGGUCGAAUCAUACAAUGUUCCAUUCUAUGCACCAUCGCCAGCGGAAAUAGAGGAUGAAGUGGAGAAGGAAGGAUCUUUUUCAAUUGACUAUAUUGAACCAUAUGAGUUCAGUUCAAGCAGUGGCAAUGCUGAGAAUGACGCAGCGAUCAUCACAAUGGCUGUAAGAGCAAUCCAAGAAUCCAUGAUUACAUAUCAUUUUGGGGGAGGAGAGAUCAUUGAACCCCUGUUCCAAAUUUAUAAGGGAUUACUUACCGAGGCAAUAAAGAAGGAUGAGGUAAAGAGCACACAUCUGGUAGUGGUUCUGAGAAAGUUGCCAUAGUUUCAAUCAUGGGACUAAUUAUAGGAUAAAUGAAGCAUUUUUCCUAUAUCCUUUGAUUGCCCAGAUUGCCAUUUGCACAUCUUAUUUGUUUCCCAUAGUCAGUCCCAUGAUUUUCAGGUUACGAA